CAUGAAGUGUGGCCCCAGUAGCUCAAGUGCAUCUGCAGCCAGAGAGCUAGCAGGAAGUGCAGCUCGGGUGCCUCUCCACUCGUCUCAUCAAUGCAGCUUUCAUUCUCCCUCGGUGGGGCAAGAUGGAAGCUGUACAAAAGGACCACUGGUACUUCGUGGUACUCAUCUUUCUUCCUUUUCUUAAAGUUGCUGUCCCGCAGAAAGAUGCUGUCACGGUGCGUCUGGAGGAAGGAAUGGUGCUUGAGUGUUUGUGCCCCUGGGACGGCAACCUCAGCAUGGUGUCCUGGACCAAAAUACCAGACAAGGACCCGAUAGCUGUUUUCCAUCCAGAGUACGGCGUGGCCUUUUCGCACCAUUACCGGGAGAGGAUAGAGUUCCUCAAGAACACGCCUAUGGAUGGGAGUAUUUCCAUGAGGAACGUCACUCACCAGGAUAUCGGGCUCUACCACUGCUCUGUUCAGACCUUCCCUCAAGGCCCCUGGACGAGGAACAUUCAGGUGGAAGAUUUAGACGAGCCCCCAGAAGAAGACAACGGCACAGAGCCCCCCACCCUGGAGCCGAUCACGCCGGACAUGGAGCUGGUAGCCGAGGAGGACAACAACCUCACCAUCAGCUGUAACCACGAGCACAACGGCACCGUGUACCAGGUCAUUUUGGAGAAGAUGCCGCACGGCCACCCCUGGGGCAUCAUCGGAGUGUGCAAGAAGGUGGAAGGGGGCCUGCUGGCUGAGGACUACAGCGACAGGGGCAGGGUCAGUUGCACGGACAGCCUGGAUGUCAGCCUGCACCUGACAGGUGUGGUGCAGGAAGACGGAGGCUUCUACCGCUGCACCUUCAGCACAGACGCAGGGGUGCAGACCACCACAGUGCUGCUCACCGUGCCCCCUCCAGGUGGGUUCAGCCUGUCCACGUACAUGAUGUAUAUCUACAUCGGGGCUGGUGCUGCCGGGCUCGUUCUGCUUGUAGCCAUCAUCGUACUAGCAGUGAUUCACAGGAAGAAGACCAAGAGAGAGGAGUACAGAGUCAAACUGCACCCAUCUCAGAGACAGCCAAACUUCUACGAGAACAUCUCCUUACAUCCCAGGAAGAAACCCAGGCCGAUAAGAAACUGCCCGGUCUAUGCCAACCUGCAGAGCGUACAGUCGCACAAAGCCCGUCAUCAGCCUCAUUGCAAAUGAGCGGCGGUAAAUAAGAUGUACUGCUUGAUAAAUGGAGGCAGUGGCUGAGGCCGUAACGGAUAUGCAGGCUAUUCUGCUAAGAAACCAGACAAAUGUGGACAAGCUAAGAAAUGUGGAACGUUAAAAAAAAAAGGGACAAUAUAUAGUUUGGAAUCACACAAGUUUUUGGGGUGUUUUUUGCCUUCAUUCUCUCAUCAAGCUGUUGCCGGUGAAACUGUAGAAGCUGCAACUUGUACAUUUGACUGUGAUACUGUGUGGGUGACCGGUGGUACUGAAACUGAUGUGUGUGAGCUGCAAAAAGUGGUAUAAAUAAAAAAUGUGUCAUAACCACCA